AUGGAGAUCUUUGCCGGGGCUCUUUUGGUCCCGGAUACAUCCAGUGGCAAAGACAAGGCUCUGUGCGUCCUCGCGCAGGAGUGCAGAGAUUUGGCAAAACAGAUCCUGAGCCUUUUGCAGAAAAGCAGACCCAAGGAUCCAAAAUCGAAACGGCAAGUCGCCUGGAGCACAUUGAAGUCUUUGAAAUACGACAAGGAAAGACUUGAACUGCAGGAGAGGCUGGAUAAUUGCCGCGAUCAACUGGCCUUGCAACUCAACGAAAGAUACUGCUCUGAGACCAGAAGAAACCUGGAAACGUUGAUGUCAACAUCCCAAGUCGACAGUCACAGAGUGGUGCAGCUACAACAACAGGUGGAAGAUCUUCGCCAAACUCUGGAAAUCACACUCUCUCGGGACAGCCGAGACCAUAUCCAACAUCUGCUGAAUCUUUCGGAAGACACAUUCCACGCGUUGAUCAAUCAGUAUCUGAUUGAAAGCCUGGCAUUUCACGACAUGUACGGAAGAUUCGAUACAAUAGCAAAGGCGCAUUACGACACGUUCAAAUGGAUCUUCUACGGCGACACUAAUUCCGACGGCUCAGCCGACAACGCAGACGAUAUCACCCGGUCUAUCAUGGAGUAUUCCUAUGAUGAGCGACAGGAUGCAUAUCGGGAUAGUGCUCGGGACUCUUUCUUAUCAUGGCUGUCAUCCGAUUAUGGUAUUUUCCACAUCUGUGGCAAAUUGGGAUCCGGAAAGUCAACUCUGAUGAAGUUCCUCUGUGAGGAUGCUCGCACGAAGGAAGUGCUUAAGCAAUGGGCAGGUGAUCGAACACUGGUAAUGGCACAAUUUUUCUUCUGGAAACCAGGAUCAAAGAUGCAAAAGUCAAUGGAUGGCCUUUUGCGUGCUCUCCUCUACGAGACGCUGAAGUCAUCACCGGCGCUGGCGCCGACAAUCCUGCCUGAACAAUGGAACGCAAUAUCCUCAACACCCUGGCAAAUGCAUACGAAGCUCGAGCUCCGUCCAGAAACGAUUUGUGAAGCUUUUUGCCGGUUGAUUGACUCUCACACAGAGGACCUUGCAAUUUGUUUCUUCAUAGACGGCCUUGACGAAUAUGAGCAGACGCUCCAAGAGGACCAUCUUACUAUGAUUGAAAGGCUCGAUAGCUGGUGUGGAGGGACAGAUAAAAACGUCAAGAUCUGUGUUUCCAGUCGAGAAUAUAAUGUUUUUAUGAAUCACCUACCCAGCCGGCGCCGCAUUCGCAUGCAAGAUCUGACCGACAAGGACAUCAGACUCUAUAUCCAGGACAAGACCGACUUCGCAGAGAGCCCAGAACAGGCCCAAUACCUGGUUGAGACUAUUGCUGCCAAAGCCGACGGUAUCUUCCUCUGGGUCGCACUAGUUGUCACACGCGCACGCGAACUUCACGAAAAUAGCGUCGGCUUCGGAGGAAUCUUGGACGAGGUUGACAGAGUUCCACGUGGUCUGGAGGAGCUUUUUAAGCAUAUCCUGGAAUCGUUGGAGCCAUCUGAUCGGAUGCGAGCUUAUCAAACCUUUGCGAUGAUGAUGAGGCUGCAUCGAAAGGACAUCCACUUUCCUCUUUUGGCCUAUGCUUUCAUCGAUGACUAUGACAAACAGUCACAAGCGGUUGACGCACCACUGCCCGCUUCAAGCCGAAAACCAGAGUCAAUCAAUGACCUCAAGACCCAAGCAGUCAAAAAGCUGAGGGGUUAUUGCAAAGGACUAGUGGAAAAUGCAACUACAGACCCGGCUCGUCCUGAGAUCUGGGAGUGGGAGAUUUUGCAAUUCUGCCAUCGAUCUGUCUCAGAAUUUCUGGGUUCACAUAUGCUCGGUGAUAGAGCGCAAUAUAUGCGGUCGUUCAAGGAAGAGGAUGCUAUCUCGUGGCUCCUGCUAGCCUAUAUUCGAAAGCAUUCCGUAAACGGCCCCCGUGACCGCGGAUGGCUGGCUCGUCUUUCGUACAUAAUAUUGAAGCUGAGACACGACGCCAACUUGGUGAAUGAGCCCUUUGAUUUUGAAGAACAACUCGAAACCGCUUUGGCUCGUCAGGGGAUAGGGGUGCCUGAAAACGGAUACAAGGCGCUUCACCUCCAAUCCGGCCAUGAAUCAAUGACGAUAAUCAUGACUCUCCAUAUUGGAGAUGGCCACCAAGUGCAUUCUCUGGCAACUCCCUAUCUUAUCUCCUGCUAUCUUGGGCAUUCAGCUUACCUGCGAUGGAAGCUGGACCGAAGCGCUGCGAUCACUGAUAGUCCAGCAAGAAAGACGCUUAUAUUCUUCACUAUAAACAAUUUCCCGGCUCUCUCAGAUGCAGAGCGAAAAUGGAUUUUCCAAGCCUUAUUAAAUCGUGGCUUCUCUCCACAUACAGUAACGACAACAGGCGCAGACUCAGACAUGACAAGAACACGACCUACUGUCUGGGAGCAAUUUGUAGCCUAUAUAUUUCUCCGUUCUGUCGAGCAUAAAGUGAACAUGAGGCUCACCCAUAAACUCUAUCCGCUGGUAAGAGGCUAUGAUAAAAACCAGAAAGUGAAAGAGAAACAGAUCGCCAGUACAUUCUUGCGAUUGUUCUUGGAGUCCGGGGCUGAUGCGUCUAUCGCGAUUUUCAUACCAAGGGAAGCAGUGUAUGCUACAUUGCUUCGAGGGAAAGAGAGACACCGACUGCAGAUUCCAGAAUACAUUCUCAACGACAUUAAGAUUCCAUUCUUUCGGCGGAACACACCCUUCAGCUUCUGUUGGGAAGACGGCAGCCUAAGGAAACUCAGCGAUAUCAUCGAGUUUGUGGGAUUCGAAGACAACAAGAUUCUGAUUCACUUGGUGAGAUGGAAAAUACUUUCUGGCUUUUUCAGAAGCCUCCCAGCUGUAUAUCUAUUAGGCCUUCUUUCUGCUGUGCUUCUUGUGAAAAUGUUAUUCAUGUCUGGAUAG